AUGCCUUUUUUGAGGAAAAUAGCGGGAACAACUCACACGCACUCUAGGUCUGAUUCAAACUCAUCUCUCAAAUUCGGCCAUCAGCCGACUAAUUCGAUUGGAUCAAGCAAAAGUUCAAGCAAAAGUCCUCGUAUAACGUCCCGAAGAAGUAUUUAUGAUGAUAUCAGGAGUCAAUUUCCCAACCUAACUCCCAACUCUACUACCUCUCAAUUUCACGAGAACAUACCAGCUACUGAACAAUCAUUUAAUUGGACCACAGAUGACCAUGUAUCUGCCACAACUCUUGAGACUCCAACGAGCCUUACAAACACUUUGCAAAAAAAUGAAAAUGGACCUGGAAGCCUUUCCGAUUCGAGGAAAUCGUCUGGGAGUAACAGUCUGAAUAGUUUAUCGUUUGAUAAACUGAUUCUAUCGUGGGAUCCCACCGACCCUGAUGAAUGGACAAUGCAUCGCGUUACUUCGUGGUUUAAGUUUCAUGAUUUCCCAGAAUCAUGGAUACUAUUUUUCAAAAAGCAUCAACUUUAUGGUCAUAGAUUUAUUAAACUGCUUGCAUACGAUAAUUUUGCCGUUUAUGAAAAGUAUUUACCACAGACGAAAACUGCUUCAUACACCAGGUUUCAACAAUUAUUAAAAAAAACAAUGACGAAGAAUGUGACAAAUAGCCAUAUCCGUCAGAAGAGCGCGAGCAAAGUGAAGGGUUCCAGAUCUUCCAGUGAAUCGAUCAAAUCAAAACUGAAAAAUAGCAAAUCUCAAGAAGAUAUUUCAAAUUCAAGGUCAACUUCAGAAUCUGCCCUAAGCCCAAUAAAAUCAGGUCCUUCUAAGACGGAGGAAAAGAAUUUUUUACAUUCUAACCAAACACAUCAAAAGACUAAAAGCGCAAGUUCUUUAUACAGGAGAAGCUUUAUAUCUCUAAGAGGAUCAUCAUCGAGUAACGCUUCCUCAGCAAAAUCAAAUUCAAACAUCAAGUUGAGCAUACCAUCUCGGCCACACUCAAUUAUUGAAUCUAAUACUCCACUUACCAGAUCAGCUAGCCCACCAGCAUCUCCUUCAUACCCUAGCAUUUUUAGAAGACAUCAUAAAAGUAGCUCAUCUGAGUCGUCAUUAUUAAACUCACUUUUCGGUAAUGGAACAGGUGAGGAACCCUUGGCCAAGCCUAACCCACAAGGUCGGAGUCUUUCUAGUGAAAAUUUAGCUAAAGGGAAAAGUAAACAUUAUGAAACUAAUGUUUCUUCACCUUUAAAACAAUCUUCCCUACCUAAUUCAGAUGACAAAAGUAAUUUAUGGAAUAAAUUCAAAAGGAGAAGCCAAAUAGCAGUCCCUAGUCCCAAUACAGCCCAUGUAACUUCCCAAGCAACUCCUUCCCUGAAAUCAAACUCCAGUAAUACUACUUUAACCAUACAAACCGGGGAUUUAACUGUGCCAUCACCAUCUUCAUCUCCACCACUAAUACCUGAAAUUGUGCACAGAAAUUCAGAAGUCAUGAAUACGGAAGAUAUACCUAUGAUUCCUUCAACAAUGGCAUCUUUUCAGGAAAUACAUCCCGAUUCUAGUAAUUCGGUAAAGAUUAUUUCACCUGCGGCAACUAACCAAAAAUACAACGUAAAAAACUUUUUAUUAGAACCCAAAUUUUAUCCUAUGAAAAAGAGAACGUUAUCUGCCAGUGAAAAUAAGUAUAUAAUGGUCACGAAAGAUAAUGUUAACUUUGUUCCAGUGAAUCUGAAAAAUGUGACAAGCUUAUUCAAUUUCAAGGAAUCCAUCCUCGCCAAAUUAGGAAUCAAUCACAAAAAUGUCACAUUGCAUAUGACAGACUUUGAUUGUGACAUCGGAGCAGCCAUUCCAGAUGAUACUUUGGAAUUUCUGAGGAAAAGCUUAUUUUUGAACACUUCUGAAAAAAUUUAUAUUAAAGACCAAAUGAAACAUCAACAGAAAUCGAAACCUAUCACUUCAGCCUUAGAGAACAAUGUUCCUUUGAAAUCAGUAAAAAGUAAAAGUUCAAUGAGGUCUGGGACAAGUAGUUUGAUAGCAUCAACUGAUGAUGUUUCCAUCGUCACUUCUUCCUCUGACAUUACAUCAUUUGAUGAACGUACGUCAGGGAGUGGGCGCAGAUACCCACAAACUCCGAGUUAUUACUAUGAUAGGGUUUCCAAUAGUAAUGCAAAUGAAGAGCUUAAUUAUUGGAAUAUUAAAGAAGUUCAUUCGCAUGAGGACAAUCCACCCAGAAUGGUGAUUAAAACAAGUCCCAAAUUAGAACAUAAUUUACUAGACAAAGCAAAUAGACUCAACAUUCCGACACCUAUAACAGAAAGUGAAAGCAAAGGUAGUUUUCAAGUACUAAGAAAGGACGAGGGGACAGAAAUUGAUUUUAAUCAUCGAAGAGAAUCGCCUUACACAAAACCGGAAUUGGCACCCAAAAGAGAAGCCCCCAAACCUCCUACUAAUUCUUCACCUCAAAGGACACUAUCUACUUCUAAACAGAAUAACCAGAUCCGCCUAAUGAGGUCAAACAAAAAAUUUCUAAAGAGCAAAAGAUCCAAACCACUGCCACCACAAUUACUAUCCUCUCCUGUAGAAGCCAGUAGUUCAUCACCUGAUUCACUUACUUCCUCAUAUACUCCAGCCUCAACACAUGUUUUAAUACCACAGCCUUAUAAGGGUGCAAACGAUGCUAUGCGUAGAUUGAAAACAGAUCAGGAUUCUACUAGUACAUUGCAAUCUUUGAAAAUGAAACAGAAGGUGAAUCGUUCAAAUUCAACUGUAUCGACUACAAACUCAAUUUUUUAUUCUCCUUCUCCAUUAUUAAAAAGAGGAAACUCAAAAAGGGUAGUUUCAUCAACAUCUGCAGCCGAUAUAUUUGAAGAAAAUGAUAUAACAUUUGCAGACGCCCCAUCGUUAUCUGAGAAUGAUGACAGUGAUUGUAAUGAUUCUAGUUCAUCCGAUGAUAUUAUCUGGUCCAAAAAAAAAAUAGGACCCGAUGCUAAUAGUGAAAGUAAAAAGGAUGAUAAAAGUGAUAAUAUCUCUACGCAUUCUGACGAAAUAUUCUACGAUUCUGAAAAGCAAGACAAAGUCGAGAGAAAGAUGACCUUUAGACCAUCUCCAGAAGUCGUUUAUCAAAAUUUAGAAAAGUUCUUCCCGAGGGCAAAUUUAGAUAAGCCUAUUACUGAAGGAAUUGCUUCGCCAACAUCGCCAAAAUCUUUAGACAGUCUACUUUCACCAAAAAAUAUGAUCUCUUCAAGGGUUGAGCCAAGUACUCCCUCUCGUCCCAUCCCACCAGAUAGCGCAUUUGAGCUCAUGCAGGAUGGACUUGGUAGUAAAAAGAAAUCAUUAAAUCAAACCAAAACACCUAAAAGAACAAAGACAAUAAGAACCAUCGCUCAUGAAGCCAGUCUAGCAAGAAAAAAUUCAGUAAAAUUGAAAAGGCAAAACACUAAAAUGUGGGGUACAAGAAUGGUCGAAGUGACCGAGAACCAUAUGGUUUCAAUUAAUAAAGCCAAAAAUUCAAAAGGUGAAUACAAGGAGUUUGCUUGGAUGAAGGGUGAAAUGAUAGGAAAAGGAUCUUUUGGUGCCGUUUAUUUAUGUUUAAACGUUACUACAGGUGAGAUGAUGGCCGUUAAACAAGUUGAAGUCCCCAAGUAUAGCUCACAAAAUGAAGCUAUCUUAAGUACCGUGGAAGCGUUAAGAUCCGAAGUAUCCACUUUAAAAGAUUUGGACCAUCUUAAUAUUGUUCAAUAUUUAGGUUUUGAAAAUAAGGAUAACAUUUACAGUUUGUUCUUGGAGUAUGUUGCUGGGGGCUCCGUCGGAUCGUUGAUUAGGAUGUACGGAAGGUUCGAUGAACCGUUAAUCAAGCACUUGACAACACAAGUGCUGAAGGGACUGGCGUACUUGCAUUCGAAAGGUAUUCUUCAUAGAGAUAUGAAGGCAGACAAUUUACUUUUGGAUCAAGAUGGCAUCUGCAAAAUUAGUGACUUCGGUAUUUCCAGAAAAUCAAAGGACAUAUAUUCUAAUUCGGACAUGACCAUGCGAGGAACAGUCUUCUGGAUGGCUCCUGAAAUGGUUGACACAAAGCAAGGUUACAGUGCUAAAGUCGAUAUAUGGUCUUUGGGAUGCAUUGUUCUAGAAAUGUUUGCUGGUAAGCGCCCAUGGUCUAACUUAGAGGUUGUCGCUGCAAUGUUCAAAAUUGGGAAGUCCAAAUCGGCACCACCAAUUCCUGAGGAUACAUUACCAUUAAUAUCACAAGUUGGGCGAGGGUUUCUUGAUGCUUGUUUCGAGAUAAAUCCAGAGAAAAGGCCAACUGCUACCGAGCUUCUUUCUCAUCGGUUCAGUGUAGUAAAUGUAACAUUUGACUUCAAAUCUACAGAGCUGGCUAAGUUUAUAAAGUCAAAUGAUAAGUUAAACUCCUCGAAGUUGAGGAUAACGUCUCAGGAAAAUAAAACUACAUAG